CUCUCUCUCUCUCUCUCUCUCUCUCUCUCUCUCUCUCUCUCUCUUUUCGAUAUCUUACUACCCUACUACGUCUUCUAUACGAUACGAAACGAAUAUACCGUUUUUAUUUUCUCUACUGGACAAAAAUCCCGCUCGUCUCCAUGGUAUAACCCGAUCCACCUCCAUGUCGAAAUCCCCUCUACAAGCCCUCCACGCGACCUAAUCCCGAUCAUCAUCAUGGGGUCGCCUCACAUGCUCAUGCCGCUGCGGCGACGUCCGUGGACUUGUCGCACUUGUCUGUCGCAGGCUCGACGGUCGCUGGAAACCGCUGCCGCACCUCGUCCGGCGAUAGACUACCCCUCCAGCAAGAAUCAACACCAGAAGAAAACUGAGGAUGAGACCCUCCGACGCAUGUUUGAUUCCCAGCCUUUCUGGCGGGAAUUCUCCCAGAGCAGUGCUGCCCAGCUGAAACCCACCGGCUUGGUUCAGAACCAGUACUUGACGAGUCCGGAUGGCUUCCGCGUCUUUGCCACCUCCACCCUGCAGAAAUGCCAGGCGAUUGUCGCUAAAGUGCUGGCUGCGUCCACAUUGGAGGAAUAUCGCACCAUGGCCCGUGAUCUGGACCGGCUGAGCGAUUUGCUGUGUCGGGUGAUCGACCUGUCUGACUUUAUCCGGGUCAUCCAUCCGGACCCCCGCGUGCAGGAGGCGGCCACGCAGGCAUACGCUUUGAUGUUCGAGUAUAUGAACGUUUUAAACACCACCACGGGCUUGAAUGAUCAGCUGAAGAAGGCGGCCGCCAACCCGGAGGUCACGGCGCACUGGUCCGACGAGGAGAAGAUCGUGGCGCAAAUCCUCAUCAAGGAUUUUUCCAACUCGGCCAUCCAUAUGCCCCCGAACGAACGGCAACGAUUCGUCAACCUCUCCACGGAGGUCAGCCAGCUGGGGUCAACCUUUGUCAAUGGUGCUGAACCGGCCAAGGCUCAUGUGGUGGUCAACGCCAACAGUCUGCGGGGGUUGGAUCCGAUGCUGGUGCAGAAGAUCAAGCGGUGGAAUCGCACCGCUUCGGUGCCGACGAUGGGCCUGAUCCCGCGGCUGGCGUUGCGGUCGGUGCACAGCGAGGAGGUCCGUCGAGACAUCUACCUGGCCACCCGGACGUCGAGUUCGCGUCAGAUUCAGGUCCUGGAGCAGCUGCUGACGAAACGGGCCGAGCUGGCGCAGGUGUCCGGGUUCGAGAGCUUCGCCCAUAUGACGCUCCAUGACAAGAUGGCCAAGAGCCCCGAGGCCGUGACCAAGUUCCUGACCGCCCUCGUCGGUAGCAACCGGGUCUUGGUGAAGGAAGAGCUCGCGGAGCUGCAACGCAUGAAGGGCGCCGCGCCCCUGCAACCGUGGGACCACGCGUACUAUGUGCACGGGCGGGUUCAGGAGUAUUCGAUGGCGCGCCGGUCGCGGGAACUGAGCGCCGUCCCCGAGUUCUUCUCGCUGGGAACGGUGAUGCAAGGUCUGUCCCGUCUCUUUGAGCGACUGUACGGCGUGCGGCUGGUGCCUCGGGAGACGGCCCCGGGGGAGACCUGGAUGUCGGAUGUGCGGCGCUUGGACGUGGUCGACGAGUCCGGGCGACACCUUGCGGUGAUUUACUGCGAUCUGUUCUCGCGACCCAACAAGCAUCCGAACCCGGCGCACUUCACCCUGCGGUGUGCGCGGGAGAUUUCCGCCGAAGAAGUGGCGGAAUGCGCUGCGGUGCUGGACUCGUCGGCGCAUCCCAACGACGGCAUGGCGACGGCGAUUGACUCGGAAAGCCAGACGCUGCGCCAACUGCCCACGAUCGCGCUGGUGUGCGACUUCCCCGAGCCGCCCGCGACGGGGGCGGGCCGCCCGGCUCUGCUGACGGAGCACAGUGUGCGCACUCUGUUCCACGAAAUGGGUCAUGCGUUACACUCGAUCCUCGGGCAGACGCGGUUGCAGUCCAUCUCGGGCACGCGGUGCGCGACCGACUUCGCCGAACUGCCUUCGGUGCUCAUGGAGCAUUUCGCUCUGGCGCCGGAGGUGCUGGCGCUGUACGCGCGCCACUGGGAGACGGACGCGCCGCUCUCGGCGAGCAUGAUGCAGCGCAUGGAAACCGACCGGAUCGCCCACGGGUCGGUGUACGGGGCGGUCGAGAACGAGGCGCAGAUCCUCAUGGCGCUCGUGGAUCAGGCCUACCACACGCUGCCGGCGGAUCGGCCCCUCGACAGCACGGCGCUCUACCAUCAAGUGGCGACGCAGCACUCCAGCCUGCCCGAUCCCACGGACACGCGGCCGCCGACCUCGUGGCAGGGCUUCUUCGGCCAUCUGUAUGGCUACGGCGCGACCUACUACAGCUACAUCUUCGAUCGGGCGAUCGCCAACAAGAUCUGGGAGGACGUGUUCCGCGGCGGGCAGGCGGCGGUCGACCGCGAGGCGGGCGAACGGUACAAGCAAGAAGUGCUUCGCUGGGGAGGGGGACGCAAUGGGUGGGAGUGCGUGGCGGGCGUCUUGGGCAGCCAGAAUGCGGCCAACGCGGAUGGGCGGUUGGUGGAGGGGGGCGACGAAGCGAUGCGUGAAGUCGGCCGCUGGGGGCUGGGAAGAGACGGAGUGUCUGGAUGAUUCGGAGUAGAAUAGGGGGGUUUGUAUAUAGUAUAUAGUGUAUAUGGAUCGUGG